AUGUCGGAGCUGGAGCGGCUGCAGCAGAGCGAGCUCCCCGCGGGCCGGCAGCGGCUGCGGGAGCAGCACGGGAACCUGCUCAGGGUGGCCGAGUAUUGCCACAGCGGCUACCUGCAGGCCGGCGACAAGAGGAAGGCGCUGGAGGAGACGAUGGCUCUGAGCACGCAGGCCCUGGCCAGUGUCACCUCCCAGCUCAGCAGCCUGGCCACCGCCUUCUUGCGCCUGCUGGAGCUGCAGGCGGCCCGGCUGCGCCGGCUGGAGGCCGACAUCACCUGCGUGGCACAGAGGGUGGACAUCCACAAGGAGAAGGUGUCACGGCGCGAGAUCGGCGCGCUGACCGUCAGCAAGAGACUCCCGAGCUGCCCCAAGAUCGCGGCCCCCCCGAGCCCCCCCGUGCUGGAGCCCUAUCACCGGAGACCCCUGAGCUUCAGCGCCCUGGACGGCGUCGGCCACGGGGUCAAGGACACCAGCACGCAGCUGUCCCGCACCGGCACCCUGGCUCGGAAAAGCACCAAAUCCUCCUCGGCACAGGCUGCGGGAGCACCGGGGAGGAGCAGCCGUGUUCCCGAGCCCGUCCAGCCGCCCGUGGUUCCCGAGGGAAAGCUCCGGGCAGCCUCCCCCAGCCCCGCGCUGUCCCUCAGCUCCAGCGGGGCCCCUGGGGAAGGAAUUCCUGCCCCGCCACCACUGCCAGGGACAUCCCCGCAGGCACCGUCCCCUCCCGGGCCACCCCCGCCGGCCGCCGCCAUCCCGCCUCCGCCACCCCUCCCCGGGGACCUGCGGACACCUCCCGGGGACCUGCGGACACCUCCUGGGGACCUGCCGCCACCAGCCCCCGAUGACCUCGAGCCGCCGCCGCCACCCUCAGCCCUGCCCGACUUUGGGGACCUGGCCCUGCCACCGCCACCGGCCGCAGAGGACCCGCUGUGGGCCCCGGAGAGCUACCUGGAGAAAGGUACGGAACAUCCCAAACCCCUGGAGAAAGGUACGGAACAUCCCAAACCCCUGGAGAAAGGUACGGAACAUCCCAAACCCCUGGAGAAAGGUACGGAACAUCCCAAACCCCUGGAGAAAGGUACGGAACAUCCCAAACCCCUGGAGAAAGGUACGGAACAUCCCAAACCCCUGGAGAAAGGUACGGAACAUCCCAAACCCCUGGAGAAAGGUUCAGAGCAUCCCAAAGCCCUGGAGAAAGGCAGGAGCCUCCCAAAGCCCCUGGAUCUCGCGGCCGGCAUGGAGAGCAGCCCGGGGGUGGCCCUGCGCGGUGGCAGAAGGACACCGAGCUGUCCCCGGCGCCGGGCACCGUUCGUCACCCGCCGCCUGCUGCGAGGGCUGCUGGAGCCCGGCUCGGGAUUCUUCCCCGGGAAUUUCGUGGAUCCCGUCUGA